AUGCCUCGAGGAUUCUUGGUGAAGAGGAACCGGCGCGGCUCGGCGUCAUACAGGGCGCGCAGCGACGGGAAACUCGAGGCGCGCGAGGACGAGAGGAGCGGCGCGCGAGCGGAGGUCCCCGAGCUCGAGGUCUUCCCGUUCCACCGUCCGGAUGGAGAACUCCCGGAGUCCAGCGAGGGUCUGGUCAGGGAGGUGUGGAGCCCGCACGUGGAGUCUGCGCUGGAGGCGGAGGCCGAGCGGAGCGCGCAGCUGCCGGACACGGAGGUGGACGUCCUCAGUGUGGACGGAGACUUCCCCUGCUUCUACCCGCCCGCGUGCGACCCGGCUUCAAACGCGUCCCGCAGCCCCGUGCCACCGGUCAGCACGCGGCUGCCGGAGCGACAAGAGGCGGCAGACAGGCGGGACCUGCCGUUCCUGGUGAGACCCGCGCACAGCUCCGCGCCCGCUUCCAUGGAGAGGCUCCGUCUGCACGCGCAGCCCUACAGCCACAAGUUCGACCCGAACCUGGCCCGCGUGCACCUGUUCCCCUCACUGACACUGAUGGAGCAGGAGCGCGCGGAGAGAAAACGCUCCUUCCUCGACGCGGACCAGAAACUCGUCACGAAGCAGCCCAAGAAACCCAAACCGAACCGGAGGCUGAACUUCGAGGACGAGGUCACCACGUCUCCGGUUCUGGGUCUGCGGAUCAAGAAGGAGAGUCCGGAGCUGAGGAGGCCGCGGGAGAAGCCGUCCGGGACUCAGCCCCUCGGGGAGUUCAUCUGUCAGCUCUGUAAGGAGGAGUACCCGGACCCGUUCUCCCUGGCCCAGCACAAGUGCUCCCGCAUAGUGCGCGUGGAGUACCGCUGUCCCGAGUGCGACAAAGUCUUCAGCUGCCCCGCAAACCUGGCCUCCCACCGGCGCUGGCACAAACCCCGCCCGGCGAACAACCCGGGUCCCGAGGCGACCCGGAGCCAGGCGCUGAAGGAGACCCGGACUCUGGUUCAGGACAAACAGUCCGAGGGCAAAGAGAACGAGCUGCAGCACCACGGCGCGCUGGACAGCUCCGCGCGCGUGCUGCUGCUCCGCCCCGACUGGAACCCGGACCUGCAGCAGCACGUCCGGGCCGCGGACAGCCCCCAGUCCGGACUCCGGCUGCUCAACCCGGACGAGCAGCCGCCGGUACCGUUCCUCCAGUCCUUACCGGAGGAGGAGGUGUACGAGUGCCGCUACUGCGGGAAGAAGUUCCGCCGCCUGGCGUACCUGAAGAAACACCUGGCCGCGCACGAGAUGACGGCGCGCGCCUCCCCGCCGCCACCACCUUACAGCCAGACCCAGGUGUUCUUGUGCCACCUGUGCGGCGCGCGCUUCCCGUCGGUGGAGAUCAGAGACAAACACCGGCUGUGGCACGCGAUGAGGGACGAACUGCUGGUCGGAGGAGGACGCGGCAGAGCGGACGUUUUCCACGCGCGCAGAGAGGAGGGCGGCGUGGAGCGCGAGCCGCACCAGCAGCAGAUCUUCACCUGCAAGUACUGUCCGUCCACGUUCUUCAGCUCACCGGGCCUCACGAGACACAUCAACAAGUCUCACCCCACGGAGAACCGGCAGGUGAUGCUGCUGCAGAUGACGGUGCGGCCGUGA